GGUGGGGAGAGCACAGGAGCAAGCUCUGCUGCUGAGUUCCUUCUGUGGGCUGAGUUGUGCUCUGAGAAGGCUGCCGAGCACUGGGUGGAACAUGGGAUCCAAUGUCUCAUCCUGAGCGUUUCCAUCUCCAAAGAGAAAUUCCCUCUUGUUUGCACAAAAAUACGUUUUCCAGUGCACGUGGGUGGAGAAACAUCUGGAAUAAAGAGCAGCAGAGCCUUGGGGCCAUGGGCGAGCAGAGUCAUGUCAACAGCCUCUUCCUCAACGAGGACGCAGCCAAGCGGCUGAGUGGCGAGAGCCGCGUGCAGCGCCUGCGGCAGGCGGUGCAGAAGCGAGCGGCACGGGCCAAGAAGAGGAUGCACAGCAUCACUGCGGACAGUGCCAAGAGCUUCCUCAGGAGAAACACCUUCGUCCUCUUCACCAUCACUGCCGUCCUGCUGGGGAUCAUCCUGGCAUUUUCUCUCCGGCCCUACCAGCUGACCUAUCGCCAGAUCAAGUACUUCUCCUUCCCUGGCGAGCUGCUGAUGCGCAUGCUCCAGAUGCUGGUUCUUCCUCUCAUUGUCUCCAGCUUGAUCACAGGAAUGGCCUCACUGGAUGGCAGAGCCUCAGGGAAGAUGGGGAUGCGGGCUGUGGUUUACUACAUGGUGACCACGAUCAUAGCAGUCUUCAUUGGCAUCCUCAUGGUGAUCAUCAUCCACCCAGGGAAAGGAUCCAAGGACAAGCUUCACCGAGAAGGCAGGAUUGAGCAGGUGCAGACCACAGAUGCCUUCAUGGACUUGGUGAGGAACAUGUUCCCACCCAACCUGGUAGAAGCCUGCUUCAAACAGUACAAGACGCAGUACAGCACCAGGGUGUUCACCAGAACCGUCCUCCACAGCAGCAAUGUCACCGCAGGGGUGACAAGCACCCCGAUCCCUGCGCCUGAGAACAUCACCGGCAUCCUGGAGAACAUCACUCAUGCCCUGGGGACCAUCUCCGAGGUGCUGACCUUUGAAGAAGUCAUUCCCAUCCCGGGCUCAGCCAAUGGGGUGAACGCGCUGGGGCUGGUAGUGUUCUCCAUGUGCUUCGGUUUGGUGAUCGGCAGCAUGAAGCAGAAGGGACGGGCCCUGCGGGAGUUCUUUAACUGCCUCAACGAAGCCAUCAUGAGGCUGGUGGCCAUUAUCAUCUGGUAUGCUCCAGUUGGGAUCAUGUUUUUAAUCGCUGGCAAAAUACUGGAGAUGGAUGACCUGGCAGUGAUGGGAGGCCAGCUGGGGAUGUACACGCUCACCGUCAUCGUGGGGCUCCUCAUCCAUGCCCUCUGCAUCCUGCCGCUGCUCUACUUCAUCGUCACUCACAGGAACCCCUGGGUGUUCAUUGCAGGACUGCUGCAGGCCCUCAUCACCGCCCUGGGCACCUCCUCCAGCUCAGCGACUCUGCCCAUCACCUUCAGGUGCCUGGAAGAAAACAACGGUGUGGACAGGCGCAUCACGAGGUUUGUCCUGCCCGUGGGAGCUACAAUUAACAUGGAUGGCACUGCUCUGUACGAGGCCCUUGCAGCCAUCUUCAUUGCACAAGUCAACAACUAUGAACUUGACUUCGGGCAGAUCAUCACAAUAAGCAUCACUGCUACAGCAGCCAGCAUUGGAGCCGCAGGUAUUCCACAGGCAGGACUGGUGACAAUGGUGAUAGUGUUGACAUCAGUGGGGCUGCCUACUGAAGACAUUACGCUGAUCAUCGCUGUGGACUGGUUUCUGGACCGCCUCAGAACCACCACCAACGUCCUGGGGGACUCGCUGGGAGCUGGCAUCGUGGAGCAUCUCUCCCGGCAUGAGCUGGAUGCGCAGGACUGCGAACUCGACUAUUUGUCCAGCUUUUCAAGGAAGCGUUGAAUUCUGAUCCCGAAGAGACUUCCUGUGUGUAAAGGGCAAACUGAUGAAUCGGAAGUAAAGAUUGUUGGAUUGGACUCUAGCUCAAAUGGAAUGGAUUCUGGGAAGUCCUAUGGCUUGGGUUACACAGACAGCUGAACUAGAUGAUCAUAAGGGUCCCUUCUGGCUUUAUAAUAUAUGCACGUGCUUUCUGGUUUAGAGAUAUUGCAAAGGGUCCUUCCACCCCGAUCAUGUUUAGGAGCUACCUGGAAGGAUCCUAAUGAUACUUUAAGAAACUCAGCAGGAGUCUAAGCUGUGUUCAGUUGCUGUUAGCAGACAUGUAAGCAUAUGACAAAAGGGGCUCUCCAUCCCACACUGCAUCACCAUGUUCCCACAAAGUAGCACCCUCCCCGCCUUGCCAUUGGUGAUUUCCUGCUUUCAGCACAAGAUUAGGGGAGCACAACCAAGUAGAGGCCUCAUUUUCAAGUACUGCAAACCACUGUCCCAUGGGGAAUUUCACUCAGCCGAUAGUUUUUAGCUGUGGUGCUUAUCCAUGUUAUUAACUCAUUUCUGAUUGGGAUUGUCUACCUGUUUACAGUACCCAAACAGUAAAGUGUUGUCAGGAAUUUGCAUAUAUAUAUAUACAUACACACACCCCUCUUUAUGUAUAUAUAUGAAAGGGACACAUGCACAGACGUAUGUACACCCAGAGUUAAUUGGUUUGUGGCUAAUCCAGGAAGGAAAGGCAAUAGUGAACUCUCAGGCUGUAAAGCUGCAUAUCUCACUUCAAAGCCCACCUUGCUUCACCCAAUUAAUCCCUUCCAUAAAGCAACAGAGGCAAUUUUACUUCAUCCCAGUAAUGAGUCUUCCAAAGCUCACCAGGAAGGAGCUCAGUGCAUGCUGGUUUCCAGUUGUAUUUGCUGCUGACACAAGAACUUCUCCAUGUACAGAGAAGUUUGACUUCCACUUUGACUUCUGUGCACAUAUUCCAAGGACCUCCAUGCUCCCUGCAUCAGACCUGGCAUGGAGGCAGGCUUGCAGAGCUCAAUAUGAGCACAUUUGUGUUCCUUCCAAACCCAGUGCUGACCUUGUUCUAAUUCAGCCUUCAAAACCUGAUAACUGAAAGUAUUAAAUCAUUUUAUCAUCCUUUUAAAUGAUCGGAUAGGUGAGAGUUUGUGCAUCUUUCCUGCUGCUUCCACUUGCAGAAACCUUUUGAGUUUGCAAAUGGAUUUAUCCCUAAUGAUUAGACGGGCAACCCUUGGGAUGAAGCAGCUGACUCAGUGCAUACAUACAUGAGGAGCUCUUGGAUUAGGACCCAUCUCUUCCAAAUCAGCUUUGAGAGAGACAACCCAUGGAGAAGAUGGGUGUCCCCGUGAUGGACUGUGUGUCCCGUUGCAGCUGGGGGUGUGCACGUUGCUUCGGGAGGCAGAUCUGCCCCUGAAAUGGGAUGUGCCCUCCUGCCCUGCCCAGGGAAGGCAGUGGGGAUGGAGAUGGGCACCGCAGUGUCCACAGCUCCCGGGCACUUGGCUAUGUAAUUCCCGAGGGCUUUUCCUGUCUGCUCCGAGUGCCGGUGUUCAUAAAGAGCAUUUGCGUAUUUGAACAAUAAAGGGAAUUCUUUUCCACGA